ACAUAUGGUUAUUUAUUUUAGAAGGCCCAACGACUUUACUUCCUUUACUUCCAAAAGAAGGGCUUUACUUCAACAAAGUCCAUGUAGCCAAUAAGAUACCUAACCUUGGCGUAUGCCUAACCCCUGAAAAAGUCUUGCAUGCAGGUAUAAUGCUUUGUAAAGGAACACACUUAUUCUAGGAUUAAAUAUUAUUCCUUGUAGUAUAUAGUAGUUAUUUUAUCAUCAGAAAUACGUUCUCCUUCACAGUGGAGUCAACAGACAAAGCACUUUUCCUUUUUGUUUUGCCAUGAUGCUCAUCUCACGGAAGGAGCUCAGUUUGGAUACCCAAUACCGUUUAACCGUCUCACACGAUGUCAGAAGCUGAGUGAGACCGUCUAUGGGGCAGAGCGCCGAGGAAAUAUUAUCCCAUAGCAGGGGGAAAAAAGCGGGGCUUGUCCUUAACCCUGACGUCACAGAGACUUUAAUAACACAGCCUUUGCUCAAAAGACGCGCUUUAGGAAAAUGUCAGUUUGCACAAUGAAAGAGUCCUGUGAAGAGAGGGAGCAUUUGUUUUUCAAGGAGAUGUAAUUCCGGAUUCAAUGACUUUGAUACUGGGAUCCAGUGAUGAGUUGGCUCCUGGCGUGGAUUCUACUUGUAGCGGGAAUUCAUGAGGCCUUCUCACAAAAUUCCAACGCUACGAUGCCCACCCCAGAGCCCACUGCCCUGGAGCCGUACAACCGUAAACCGUAUUGCAAGUGGCCAUGCGAUUGUCCCAAGACGGCCCCGACGUGCGCUCUCGGGGUGAGCCUACUCACGGACGGCUGCGACUGCUGCAAGACCUGCGCUAAGCAGUUGCGUGAGGAGUGCAACGAGAAAGACCCCUGCGACCACCACAGGGGACUGUACUGUGACUACAGCGCAGACAAGCCUAGGUACGAAAAGGGAGUGUGUGCAUAUCUAGUUGGCACUGGUUGUGAGUACAACGGUGUAAUUUACCGCAAUGGCCAGAGCUUUCAACCCAACUGCAAAUACCAGUGCCUCUGCGUGAAUGGCGCCAUCGGCUGCCUGGGUCUGUGCAAUGAGUCCCUGCCACCCAGGGUGUGGUGCCAGACCCCGCGCCGGGUCAAGAUCCCUGGGCAGUGCUGCGAGACGUGGAUCUGCGAUGAGCCCAGGAGGGGGCGCAAGACAGCCCCCAGGCACGCCAUGCAGGCGCCCCCCUAUCAGAACGACGGCUGGCACAAGAACUGUCUGACUCAGACGACCUCCUGGAGCCCCUGCUCUAGGACCUGCGGCCGAGGCAUGUCCACACGCGUCACCAACGCCAACAAGCGCUGCGAGAUGGUCAAGGAGAGUCGACUCUGUAACAUCAGGCCCUGCGAUGUGGACAUCACCAAACACUUCAGGCCAGGGAAGAAGUGCCUGAACAUCUACCGGGAGCCUCGGCCAUCCAACUUCACCAUCUCUGGUUGUACCAGCAAGAAAGCUUACUGGCCCAAGUACUGCGGGGUCUGCACGGAUGACCGCUGCUGCAUCCCCUACAAGUCCAAGACGGUGGAGGUGGAGUUUGCGUGCCCCAAUGGAGCCUCCUUCACCUGGCAGGUCCUGUGGAUCAACGCGUGCUUCUGUAACCUCAGCUGCAGGAACCCUAAUGACUUCUUUGCUGAGUUGGAGCAGUACUUUGAGUAUUCGGAGAUUAUGAACUGACAGAGGAGGUGGCAGAAGGAGUAUUCACACACUAAGCCUUUUUACACGCCAGCUGUCGGCCAACUCAAGUGCAUUUAUACCCACACCAUAGGGACAUGGAUCCCUGUUCCCUUUAGGAGGCUUAUGUGGAAAAGAUAGAGCCAUGUCCACUUGUUAUAUUUUUUUUGUGUUCAUUUUUCAUAUAUAAUUUUCAUAUUCAAUGUAUAAAUAUAUGAAUGCUAUGUAAAUGUUUAUGUGGGUAAAUGACACUAAUGACACAAGACAAGAUCAUUAAGUUAGUCCAGAUAGCCCACUUAAGGUCUUUAGAUGCUCAAUCCCCAUACAACAAAGUAUAUACUCCCCACCUUGUACAGCUCAUGUAAGUAUUGCAGUUGUAAAAAUGAAAGUGCAUCAUCUUGACUUUUUAAUAUAGUCACUCGAGCUCUAAUUUAUUACUGUGUAUAUUUACAUACUAUAUAGAAAUAUAGUAAAGUGACAUAAGGUGCCAGACAAAGUGCCAGUGUAAUGUAUGUAACUUUUUUUUAUGUAAAGGAAGAUUCAUAGUUAAAUGUUCGGUCUCCUUUACUUUCACCCCAUGCAGCUGUGUGCUUUUAAGUGUUUAUAGUAGGGAGCCAUAGUGCUGCGGCAGUGGCGCCGCUCCAUACCACACACGCGUCCAGUGCCCACGAGGACCCAGGUCCGAUUCCGGCCUGAGGUCAUUCCUUGAGCCCUCUCCACAUCAACCCCACUCAGUUCCUGUUGUAUUUUCACUGUGCUAUCGGAUAAAGGCUAGAAAAGUCAAAACAUAAAACUACAUUUCUUUUUAUUAAUCUCUAUGUACCAACUCUCCUACCUCCAUAUUUUGAAGGUGAUUUAAAGGUUGCUUAAAGGUACUCAUCUAUAUGAAUAUGAAGAAAACACUCCAUACCGCAAGUGUAGUUACAUAUUUUUUUUUAUUUUUUUAAUAAAUACAAACUGUUAAACCAUUAAAAUACAUACAAUUUUCUGCA